UCUGUCCCUGUCAAGUUGUUUGAGGUUGUGUGUCAUUUUGAUUCGGUUGCGUUUCAGGCGAUAUUAUACUACCAUCCGUGAGUGUUAAGUGUUAAAACAAGUUUAAAUUGAUUAAUAACAAUGUAUUCUACAUGGACAGUUCCUCAACUGAAAAAGGAAUUGAAGGAACGAGGUGCUUCUUUACGUGGAAAAAAAGCAGACCUAAUCGAAAGAUUGGAGAUUUACGACCAGAAUUUCAACUUCGGAAAUCGGGAAAAUGUUGAAACAGACGAUCCAGCGAUGAAAUUACCUUCUAAUGAGUGCUACCGUGACAUAAAUAGUCACACAAAAUUACCUCCAUUAAAUAAAACACAAAUAAGACAUUAUUUAUCAUACACUAGCAAAAAAAUGGAUAAAGUGGCUCAACUGUAUGAAUCUCGACACUUAGUUACAGCACGAUCCCACACCUCAUCAAAUGAAACAUAUAUCAAAGGGAUUUGCAGAAAAAGUAUGAAGAAACUGCAUUAUAGUGUAGAUAUUAAAUUCGAUGAAUAUGGGAACAUCAUGGAAGCACACUGUGAGUGUCCAGCAGGUAGCGGAAGUAAUGCUUCAUGUAAACAUGUUGCUGUUCUUUUAUUUGGCAUAGAACAUAUGGUACAUGCAAAACAAAUUUUAUUAUUUGAAACCUGCACUCAGAAGUUGCAGCAAUUUCAUGUACCAACAUCUCGAUAUUCAGGAACACCUAUCCGUGCCGAAAAAUUGACACGUAGAAGAAAGAAGACGGAUCACAAGAUGAACAAUUUAUAA